ACAUAUGCAGCAUUUACCGUGAAUGCCAUCUCCGUGAACAUUUCCUUUACAAGCCGCAUUGCCUGUUACCCGCAAUUGGAUUGAAUCCCGGGUUUAGGCAACACCUAGACCUCAUAUUUUACACGUUUAAUGUUUUUCAAUAAACAAUUUCCAUAAACAUUCAAAUUUCAUGAUAGAGAAAUUGAAUGUCAUAAGAAGAUAAAGUUGCUUGCUUACUGGUGACUUGUGGCCACUAGGGCCCCUCCUUCACUAUAUGAAAACAGUGUCUUCAUGUUUUAUGAUUGGUUGUCAUUCUAUACUAUAUAAGGCCUAAGGCCGAUUCUUUAAAAAUCCACAAGGAAAUCAAAAAGCUAGCUGAUCCCUCUAGAUUUCCAUUCGUUGCGCUGAUUCUAUUUAGCAUUCCCUCCAGAGACGAUUUUCAACUUCCUUCAAACUACAUGCAGACAAAAAAUGUUAUCCAUGAGUUCAUAUGACUCUGGGUAAGUAGAACAAUUGCCAAAAUCUCAAACUAUUCCUUUAAGUGAAUUUUAAGUUAUUGUCCUUUUAGAAUUCAGUGUUCCAAACAACCUCCAUUUCUAAUGUGUUUGUAGCUCAGAUGCCCUACUGUACAUUUGGGACCCAUUAAAAUAAGCAUUACUAACUAGUCACGGCUCUAAAUGGGAACACAUCAAGUAUAUCACGUUUGUCUGAUUUAUACCAUAACCUAUUGACAAUUGUUUAUAACACAUCUUUGCUGCUUUCUUUUCGUAGUUUUCAUCAGUCAUUUUUCUUCCUCUGUCGUAUUAAUGCAUAGUGGUCCAAUUCCUAUGUUGACAUAUAAUAGUGGCUCAAGCAUGUCCAUUAAAUCAUCACAUGUGCCUGUGGGAGACUUGUACGAGGUUUGAGAAGUAGGACAUUUUUCAAACUAGGAUUUUGGCCGGGAUGCGUGACGAAUCUCUCUGAAAGUCGGUGGGACCUAGACAUCAGAGAAGACAGAUAGCUCUGGACACCAGAUUCAUCAGUGCCAAAGAAGAAAUGUUGGAUGAAGAUAUCUCAUUAUAUAGAUGCUGUGGAAUUCCUCGGCCAAAUGGAAAAGAUUGUGUCGAAAUAUCGCCACAAGAAGAUACCUCUUGCAAAACCGAAAAGUUACGAGUUGAGAAUCGGGGGUCUGGAGGACACUGUUCACGCUGGAGAUGGUGAACAGUUAGAAGUUUGGAAAGACUGCUACCUUCCAGAGAGAAUGGAGAUGGUGGUCAUUGGUGCCCUGGAUGACUUCCGCUGUUCGGCAGCAGGAUGGCAGCUGGUUCUCCUGUUAUGUGAAGAUGGCAAUGUCUACGCCUACGAGUUUGAAGUUCUACACCUUGUUGCCAGAAGCUUGGAGGAUCUCUUUAAAUCUGGAGCAGAGUUCCCAGGACAGGAGAAACACAGAUUUGGAGAAUGCUUUGAGGAAUUGACUGAGGAAGAGAUGAAGAAAGAGAUGCAAUGUGAUGAAAUAAAGAAAAUCAAUGACGAGCAUAUUCAGUUCCGAAGAAGUUUGGAGAUUGAGAUGCUGAGGGAUCUCAAAGCAAUCAGUCAAUCUGAGCCAACAUUUCAACCCAACAAAGCCAAGUCGGACCCAAUAUUCAAGGCCUUCAAAGGAAGGACUACAAAGGAAGCACGACAAAUUAAAUCGCUCAGACACAAGAGGAUUACAAAAAGAAAACCAGCCUCGUCGUGGACCAGGAUGCCUUGCUCCCAGACAGACUAAAUAACGUCUUUGCUCGCUUUGAGGACAAUACAGUGCCACUGACACGGCCCGCUACCAAAACCUGGGACUCUCCUUCACUGCAGCCGACGUGAGUAAAACAUUUAAACGUGUUAACCCUCGCAGGGCUGCAGGCCCAGACGGCAUCCCCAGCCGUGUCCUCAGAGCAUGCGCAGACCAAUUGGCUGGUGUGUUUACGGACAUAUUCAAUCAAUCCUUAUCCCAGUCUGCUGUCCCAUAUGCUUCAAGAGGGCCACCAUUGUUCCUGUUCCCAAGAAAGGUAAGGUAACUGAGCUACUGAAGUGCUUUGAGAGACUAGUCAAGGACCAUAUCACCUGCACCCUACCUGACACCCCUUGACCCACUCCAAUUUGCUUACCGCCCGAAUAGGUUCACAGACGACGCAAUCGCAACCACACUGCACACUGCCCUAACCCAUCUGGACAAGAGGAAUACCUAUGUCAGAAUGCUGUUCAUCGACUAUAGCUCAGCAUUUAACACCAUAGUACCCUCCAAACUCGUCAUCAAGCUCGAGAUCCUGGGUCUCGACCCCGCCCUGUGCAACUGGGUACUGGACUUCCUGAUGGGCCGCUCCCAGGUGGUGAGAGUAGUGUCAUGAUGUUGCCCUCUUUGAGUACAGCGAGCACCAUCCCCCGCUCUCUGCUUCUACAACCAGACUGCUGUGGGCAGAGUGAGGUCGUAAAUUCCCAAGGAAUUUCCCCAUAAAUUCCCUGCCUCAUGGACACACAGUUAUAGAGAGUAGUUUUCAUGGAGACAAAGGAAAUCCUUCCACCUCACAGAAUGUGAGGUACGAACAAAUUUCAUGUUCCAGAGAAAGUGUAAAAGAUUGGUGAAGAAUCCAGCUAAGAACUGGUGUGUUUGUCACAACUUGGGAAGCUCAAGAGAGACGGUGCGGCCACAUUACCAUAACGCUGUUUAUAUAAUAGCCUCAGAUAUGAGGUUUACAUCUAAUUGUUGUAUAAGAUGAAUAAGUGAAGAUGAUACUGUUUGAAUAAUGGUGUAAUAUGAUUGUGGACUGUUUAAUGAAGAAAAAUACAAUUCCCUUUUCAUUUGAACUAAAUCAGAGGACCGCCCCUGAGCCCAGUUAGGGUCAGACAUCCUGGGACAGCCCUUUUCUGCCAUUCCGAAUAAAACCCCACUUUGAGAAA